GAAGAAUAACGGUUCUCCAUUCUAACCUAGAAGUAUUCACCAAGUAUGUCAGCGAGACCCCAAUCCUCCAUUCACAAAAUUCACUGCUUAUUCUGGAAUAACAAUGUGUGAAAAUUUCGAAAUAAUCUGCUUCAAACACUGCGGGGAUCGUUCGAUAUUCUGCCGGGAAGUGCCCCGAAGUUGUCCAGCUUGUGCAAAAGUACUAGCCGAUUUUUCUCAGCCUCCCUUUCAAUUGCCGAACCCGUUCUCAAAUGGAAGGGACAAAAUCAUGUCGAUAAUUAUAAAACCGUCGUCAGGAAUCUUCUUAGACGUCUCUUACAGACAUACUCAUGAUCUGCACAUAGGUAUCGUAGACUCGAACCGGCGAAUAUUUGAAUACGAUCAACGGGGGUUCGUCUUCAAUGACUUCACGAAGUGGAGUCACUGCAUUUCAUUUGACCGACUAGUUCCGGAGUCUUGGUCCGAGUAUUGGGACAAAAUCCUCAUCGAUCUAGCCAGAAAUCCCCAAUGGACGGACUCGCGGUAUGACCCGGUGGAGUUCAAUUGUUUUGAUUUUGUUCUCGAAUUCAUGAAGAAACUUGGGUGCAAAGAUUUUUUCUAUGAGAGUAAAGAACAUGUCUGUAAGGAUUUGAUUUUACCGAAGAUGAAAGAGGCAUUGAGGUAUUUGGGAAUUUAUAACAGGUUGAGGAGUGCGAAUAUCUAUAUUAGAUAGCAAGUGAAGAUUUGCUUUUGAUUUAUGCUUGUGUAAUUAUUGUAAUUAUUUUUCUCAAUAAAUAUGGAAUAUUAUUGUGGA